UUCUUCUUUUUCUCUUUGUUCUCUGCAUCUCAAUUCUCUUACUUCACAUCAUGGCGGAGCUAGAGUACCGGGAUAAUGCCAGAACCACCACGGCUGCAGCCGCUACACGUUUAAAGCUCUUCGGCUUCAGCGUCUCGGAGGAUGACGAGGGUUCGGAAUCCAGCAUCACUACGAUCAACAUGAUCAAAGCUCCAACGUCAGGGACGUCUCCGGAAGAGCCUAGCGGUUUCCCCGCUCCUUCGGGUGAACGUAAAUACGAGUGCCAGUACUGUUGCCGCGAGUUUGCCAACUCUCAGGCACUUGGGGGUCACCAAAAUGCUCAUAAAAAGGAAAGGCAGCAGCUGAAGCGUGCUCGGAUACAUGCUACUAGAAGCGCGGCGUCGAACGUUUCGUUCGCUAGGAAUCCUACGAUCUCCGCUUUCGCUCCUCCGCCGCAUCUGUUAGUGUCGGGCGCACCGCUUGUGGUGCCGGCUGCAACGGGGUCAUCUUGGGUUUACUUACCACGUGGAGGGCCACCGCCUUUCCAUUACUCUCAUGGUUGUUUGAUUCCAACCGGCGGUGGUGAAAGGGGGCCAGCCGGUGUACCUUACGGUGGCGGUGGCGAUUCGGGAUUGAACGUUUGCCCACAAAUGAUGCAAGGUAGGGCCAACCACGGUCGGGCCUUUGAUGGUCCCUCGUUGAGUAGGUUUAGAAAAGGAGAUGGUUUUGAUGAUUCAUUGAGCUUGGAUUUGCAUCUUAGUCUUGCACCAUCUAGGCCUUGACUUGUGCCUUUUUGUGUUGUUUUUUUUUAACAUUUUCAAAAAAAUUAUUUGUUUAUUUAUUUUCAUCAA